GUGCCCGAGAUGGGAGACCUGAAGUCGGGGUUCGAAGAAGUGGACGGCGUGAGGCUCGGCUACCUCCUCAUCAAAGGCAAGCAGAUGUUCGCCCUCUCCCAAGUCUUCACGGACCUGCUCAAGAACAUCCCCAGGACGACGGUGCACAAGCGCAUGGAUCACCUCAAAGUGCAGAAGCACCACUGCGACCUGGAGGAGUUGCGCAAACUCAAGGCCAUCAACAGCAUCGCCUUCCACGCCGCCAAAUGCACGCUCAUCUCCCGCGAAGACGUGGAGGCGCUCUACACCUCCUGCAAGACCGAGCGGGUGCUCAAGACCAAGCGCCGGCGGGCCGGCCGGGCCCUGGCCACCAAGGCGGCGCCGCUGCAGCCGUCGCCUCCGGAGCGCGCCGGCGCCGCCGCCGCCGCCGCCGCCGCCGCCGCCUGCAGCCCGCGCUCGGCUUUCUGGAAAGACCCGCAGCAACUUUGGCGGGGCCUGAGCGCGGGAGCCGCAGCGCGGCCGCUGCCAAUCAGCGCGCAGGGCCCGCGCCCGGCCGCCCAGCAUCUACCUCAGCUCUUCAGCAAGUACCCGGGCGCGCCCUACCCGCUGGACCACCUCGCGCGCUCCGCCGGCAAAGCGGCGGGCCACUUCGAGAGCGAGAGCGCGCCGCUGCCGGGCAACUACGUGGCUUUCCACUCGGACCCCGCUUACUUCCGCAGCCUGCUGUGCGCCAAGCACCCGGCCGCCGCCGCCGCCGCCGCCGCUGCCGCCGCCGCCGCCGCUGCCGCCGCCGCCGCCGCCGCCUACUACCACCAGGCGUCGGCGGGCCGGGGACAGCCCAAGGCGGCGGCGGCGGCGGCGGCAGCGGCGGCGGCGGCGGCGGCGGCGGCGGCGGGCGCCGGGGCUCCGGCCAGCCUGACCUACCGCUGCAAGCGCCGGCGCGGCGGGGGCGCCAAGGACGGCCUGCUCGCCGCGCCCCACCACGUCGGCGCCCGCCGCCUGCUGCUGCUGCGCAGGUCCUACAAAGCCAAGGCGGCCGCCGCCGCUGCUGCGGCCGCGGCGGCUGCAGCGGCCACCACCGCCGCCGGGGCCACUUGCCUGGAGCGGUUCCACCUGGUCAACAGUUUCUGCCCGCCUCCUCCGCCGCCUCCUCCUCCUCCUCCGCCACCUCCGCCUCCUCCCGCUCCCGCUCCCCACCACCACCACCACCACCAUCACCACCACCACCAUCACCACCACCACCACCACCGGGCCCACCCACCCCCUCGUCAUCACCGGCCGCAGGCCCAUCUGGGCAGCUUUCCCGAGAGUGGCAGCAGCGACUCGGAGUCCAGCUCCUACUCGGACCAUGCGGCCCAUGACUCCGAUUUUGGCUCCAGCCUGUCCAGCUCCAGCAACUCGGUGUCCUCGGAAGAGGAGGAGGAGGAGGAGGAGGAGGAGGAAGAGGAAGAGGAGGAGGAAGAAGAGGAGGAGGAGGGGGGCAGUGGGGCCUCGGAUUCCAGUGAAGUCAGCUCAGAGGAGGAGGAGGAGGAAGAGGAGGAGGAGGACUCGUCCUCAGAGUCCGACUCCAGCUCCGGCUCCAGCCAAGUGUCCGUGCAGAGCAUCCGUUUCAGGCGCACCAGUUUCUGCAAGCCUCCCAGCGCGCAGGCCCAGGCCAGCUACUUGUACCAUCUGGCCUCGGCCACCGCUGCCACCACCACUGUCACCGCCACCAAACCCGCUGCUUUCGAGGAUGCCGGCAGACUUCCCGACCUCAAGAGCACUGUCAAAGCGGAGUCGCCCGAGGCAGAGUGGAGUCCGCAGGACUGGGCCCCCAAAGCGUCUCCGGUGUACUGCCCGGCCAGCCUGGGGCCUUGUUUCACCCCAGAGAUAAGGAACGAUAGGGUAUCCGAGAUUACAUUCCUACACUCUGAAAUUGCCAGCACAGGCCAGAGAACUGACCUGACAAUUAACUGCCUGGCAGAGGGGGCCUCACCACCUAGCCCAAAGACAAACAAUGCAUUUCCACCACAAAGAAUAAUACUCCCCGAGCCUCCUCGGAAAGGCCGACCAGCAACUCCUCCGACCCACUGUACAGAUAACCACACAAUAGCUGCUAGGUUCUCCAAGCGGGGUUCUUCGGGAGCUGCAGCCCAUCCUGAAAAAGAUUCUAAAGUCCCUCCUUGUGUGGAAUUUGCUACGGAGUUGCCCCCAUCGCAAACUGAUCUCGAGGUGGAAGUUGCAGCAGCAGCUAAAGCCGAGAGUCUCUGCACUGACACGGUGGACACGACGUUGCCAUUUCUGCACAAUAUUAAAAUCAAAGUAGAAGACAGUAGUGCUAAUGAAGAAUAUGAACCCGACCUUAUUGCGAAUAAGCUAAAGUGUGAGUGCAAUGAUACAAAGGGCGAGUUUGACAGUGUGACUGAAAGUAAAGAGGAGGACGCCUUGCUAACCACAGCUAAGGAAGGCUUUUCCUGCCCUGAGAAAGGAACGCCUUCCUUAAUUCCACUGGCUCAGAGUCAGGGCCUCUCAUGCACUUUAGGUUCUCCAAAACCUGAGGAUGGGGAAUAUAAAUUUGGUGCCAGGGUGAGAAAAAAUUACCGGACGCUAGUCUUGGGAAAGCGACCUGGACUUCAGACACCUCCAGUCAAACCAAAUUUGAAAUCAGCUAGAAGUCCUCGUCCCACAGGUAAAACUGAGACACAGGAAGGAUCACUGGAUGAUUUUACAGUUAUAAGCAGACGUAAAAAGGUAGCCAGCAAUGUAGCAUCAGCGGUGAAAAGGCCAUUUAAUUUCAUGGCAAAUUUUCCCUGCCCACCAUCACUCAUUAUCGGGCAGGAUGGGGAUCUGUGGCCGGCGUAUUCCUUAAACACCACUAAGGAUUCCCAACCUCCUCACAAGGCCCAUCCUAUAUGGAAAUGGCAGCUGGGCGGUUCCGCAAUACCUCUUCCUCCUAGUCACAAAUUCAGGAAAUUUAAUUCAUAAAAGUGUUUUGGAAGAUAUUUUCUUGAACCACAGUACCUUCCUUUUGUUGUAAACCGCACAGGAUGGUUUGUACAAGUCCAUUAAUGUGUUACACCCACUUUGGAG